AUGCCUGUGCCAUGGUCCACGCAGCGCCGCCGGAGCUUUAUCCGCAAUGUGGCGGAUCGGGGCUUGCGGGUGAGGCAGCUCUGGGAUUUGACGAUCUUCCUGAAACGGCUUUGCAAGACCAGGUCCUUGCUGAACAGCAAACAUGCAGAGGAGUGUGGGCCAAUCAAAUGGCUGGAUUGGCAGGCAUUGAACCUCUACAAUAUCACAGAUGAGGUCAUUAAGAAGUACAUACCAUACCACGACCGCCAGUGGGAGGUGAACGAGGAAGAUCCUGAGGUGGCCAGACGUUACUCUUGGGCAGAGCUGGUCUCCGCUGAAGCACAACCCCCGCAGCUGAUGGUGAGUCACUGGUGGGGUGGGCGCUUCAGUGACUUCAUGCUUGUCGUGGACCGAGUGGUCGAAGAUAGGGCUUUGAGCAUUUGCACCAGCCUUUGGGUUUGCACCUUCGCGAACAACCAGUUCGGGGAGUCCUUUGGUUCUCAGAUCCUCGAGACGCCCUUCGUCCGGGCCAUCGAAUACGCGGAGGCCACGAUCCUCAUCGUGGACCGUGACGCUGGAUCGCUCACGCGCAGUUGGUGCUGUUUGGAGUUGCAUUGCACUAUUCUUAAGGAAAAGGAGUUGCAGCUCUACACCUCCAACGGCCAGGUGGGCUCUUCGGCUGUCUCCUCCGGCCCCCUGGUGGACGCCAUCAGUCGCUGGGACGUGCGCAAGAGCGAGGCCGCCGAGCAGGCCUACAAGCGACAGAUCCUCAACUUCAUUGCUGAUGUGCCCGAAACUCAUGGUUUGCGAACAGACUGUUCGGGCAACUUGUGCUGCAUCGAUGGCCGACCUCAACUUGAAGUGGAAGAUGACGACCACCGGCCCUUGCUGCACAGCCAUGGGGAAGCCUUUGAAACUCUGAAUAUGGAUAUCCGUGUCUCAGUGCUUGGCCGCAUUGGCCAAAAGAGAAAGGCCACUGGCUGCAAGAUCCCCUGGGUGGGGCACCGCGGCAUCACCUUGGGGCAGCUGCGCACCUUCGCGCGGAAAGCUCAGCGGAAGCUGGCGAAGGAACAGCCGGAGGCGUGCUUUCAAGAGGUCACUGUGGAACAGAUUUGCCGGUGGAUUGUCCAACCGGAGACAAGCCAGCGGAAGUGCUCUUAUGCUGAGCUGGUCGCCGAUGCCCCGCAAAUCCCGGACUAUUGCAUUAACUACCAAUUUGGCAUGGCUUGGUGCGAUGUCAUGUCUUCCAUCGAGUGGUUUGCCGAAGCGCUCUCCCUCAAAGACACGGCGGUCUUGUGGUUUUCCUUAAUGAGCUACAACCAGCAGCAGCCGUGUGAGGACAUACAGGCCAACUGUUACGAGAACGGACGUUUGACCGUGGACAAGGGCCAAUCUGAAUGUCAUAGCUUCCUGAUUGCUGCUGGGCCCGACUGUUGGCACAAUAUAUGGCGGUUGUACAGCCUGGAGUGUGCAACACGCUUGGGUCAGGAUGUCUAUAUGGCCUGCAGUUCAGGAGUUAUGGCCUGCACCAAGCUCUUUCCCGAUGGCCACUCGAAGUUUGGAGUCAUGGAUCGGCAAGUCACUGAAGCCAUCUACCAUGUGGAUGUCAAGCAAGCUGCAGCUCGAGCAUCUGAAAAAAUUGCGAAGGACGUUCUCAGCUUUAUCAACAAUGAAUCGGGCUCCUGCGGGGAAGGAAAGCUGAAGCUCCGUCUCCAACGUUGGGCAGCCUUUCAUUUGGUACCUUUUUGUUGCGCUUCCCCGGGCUGUUUGAAGGACACAACAUUGCAUGAACUGAUUUCUCUGCCAGGCUUUAGUAUCCAUUCCGACCUGGCCAAAGGUAGCCUUGGACAGUCCUGUCUUCAUGAAGCGGUUGCAGUGGAUUCGAUCGAGUUGGCUCGGAAGCUCUUGGCUCACUGCUGUCAGCCCAAUUCUGCAGACAACAUGCAGGAGACCCCUUUGCACUAUGCCGCCUUGAGAGGCAAUGCAGAGAUGGUCCGUUUGCUUCUGCAAGUGCGAGCGGAUAUUCACAUGGAAUCCAGGUAUGGGGAGACGGCUUUUGAUGUGGCGCGUCAGAAAGUGGUGGCCUUUCUUCAAGACCACGAUUCGUCCCAGAUCCCUAUAAUUCUCCAUGAGCACUGGGUGUUGAACUGCAGUAGCCCGAGCAGCAGCAACGAUUGA